UCGUGCUAAAGGAACGACUGAGCGCAACACACAAGGACGCGGCGCGAGCGCGAGAGAAGACAGCACGCGCAAAGAGGUGCACCUGUAAUCCACGCUGCUCACUCGCCGAUGUGUGGAUAGUGUGAGAGCAUCCAGAAGAGAUAUUCAACACCACGCGCAUACCCAUGCUUGGGAUUUGGCUUUCUUUAUCUUCGCUAAUGCAAAAGGAAAUAUGCAGCGAAGCCUCACACUGCUCUGCACCAGUUUUCUGGGAUUGUGCUUCGGUUCCAGUUUCCCAAGUAAUAUCAACAUAGGAGGGUUAUUCCCAACCGAAUCACACGAAUAUGAAGUGUUUCGUUUUGCGCUCUCGCAUCACCAGGAUAUCCCUAAACUGGUACCUCAAGUGGAUAUGGUCAAAUUGGGCAAUAGCUUCUCCAUGACUUAUGCGUUUUGUUCGCAGUUCUCCAAAGGAGUGUACGCAAUCAUUGGCGUCUACGACAGGAAGACCGUCAACAUGUUGAUGUCGUUCUGCGGUGCGCUACACGUCUGCUUCGUGACGCCCAGCUUCCCUAUGGAAAACUCCAACCAGUUUGUCAUCCAGCUGAGGCCUGAACUGCAGGACGCCCUGGUUGGUGUAAUCGAGCACUACAGGUGGUCUAAGUUUGUCUACAUGUACAGCUCGGACUCUGGACUGUCUGUUCUGCAGAAGGUUCUGGACACAGCAGCAGAGCAUAACUGGCUGGUGACCUCUGUGAACGUGGAGACAAUGACAGAGGCGUCCUUUCUCAAAGUGUUCCAGGAUCUGGACAAAAAGAAGGAGGGCCAGAUAAUCAUCGACUGUGAGCUGGAGAGACUCACCUCCAUUCUGAAGAAGAUCAUCGAGCUGGGGAAGAAUGUGAAGAGCUACCACUACAUCCUAGCGAACCUGGGAUUUUUGGACAUUGACCUGACGGAGUUUAAGAAGGGUGAGGCGAAUGUAACAGGCUUUCAGCUGGUGAAUUACGCAGAUCCUAAUGUCAGCAGGACAGUGCAGCAGUGGAUGGAGUUUGACAAUAAAGAUGCCAAAGUUCCCAAGCGAAGACUGAAGUACACUGGAGCUCUCACAUAUGAUGGGGUCAAAGUCAUGUCCACAGCUUUCCAGAACCUCCGCAGGCAGAGGAUAGAUAUAUCUCGACGCGGAAAUGCUGGAGAAUGUCUGGCCAAUCCACCGGCACCCUGGGGCCAAGGCAUUGACAUUCAGAGAGCGCUUCAACAGGUUCGGAUUGAAGGCUUAACAGGACACAUUCAGUUUAACGAGAAAGGACGAAGGACAAACUACUCUAUCAGUGUGAUGGAGCUCAGGCCGACGGGACCAAAGAAAGUGGGUUACUGGAAUGAGGAUGAGAAAUUUGUGAGCACGGCGGCCUACAUGCCGGGAAGUAAUGAGACUUACGGACUUCAGAACCGCACAUAUAUUGUUACCACUAUUCUGGAAUCUCCAUAUGUCAUGCUGAAGAAGAACCAUGAACAUUUCACAGGAAACGAUAAGUAUGAAGGUUAUUGUGUGGAACUGGCUGCAGAGAUCGCCAAACAUGUGGGAUACCACUACAUACUCAAGAUAGUGGCUGAUGGGAAAUAUGGAGCCAGAGAUGCGGAGACCAUGAUGUGGAAUGGGAUGGUAGGAGAGCUUGUCUAUGGUAAAGCUGAUGUAGCUGUGGCCCCGCUGACUAUCACCUUGGUCAGAGAGGAAGUCAUUGAUUUCUCCAAGCCCUUCAUGAGCCUGGGCAUCUCCAUCAUGAUCAAAAAACCCACCAAAUCUAAGCCUGGCGUCUUCUCCUUCCUGGACCCUCUGGCCUAUGAGAUCUGGAUGUGUAUUGUGUUUGCUUACAUCGGCGUGAGCGUGGUACUUUUUCUGGUCAGCCGCUUCAGUCCCUAUGAGUGGCAUGCAGAUGACUGUGAGGACGGAGCAGAGGAGAACCCAAACCAGCCGUCCUCAUCAUCCGCCCAACCGGGUCAGAACCAGCAAAACCAGAACCAGCAGAGUCAGGAGCAAACCAACGAGUUUGGCAUCUUCAACAGUCUCUGGUUCUCACUGGGAGCUUUCAUGCAGCAGGGCUGUGACAUUUCCCCCAGGUCUCUGUCUGGCCGUAUCGUGGGUGGUGUGUGGUGGUUCUUUACGCUAAUCAUCAUCUCCUCGUACACAGCCAACCUUGCUGCAUUUCUCACAGUAGAGAGGAUGGUGUCGCCCAUCGAGAGUGCAGAAGAUUUGGCCAAACAGACUGAGAUUGCUUACGGCACUCUGGACGCAGGCUCCACCAAAGAGUUCUUCAGGAGGUCAAAGAUUGCAGUCUUUGAGAAGAUGUGGUCUUACAUGAAGUCAGCAGAUCCCUCAGUGUUUGUGAAAACCACAGAUGAAGGAGUUAUGCGGGUGAGGAAAUCCAAAGGGAAGUAUGCAUACUUGCUGGAGUCCACCAUGAACGAGUAUAUCGAGCAGCGCAAACCUUGCGACACUAUGAAGGUUGGAGGGAACCUGGACUCCAAAGGCUACGGUAUUGCUACCCCCAAAGGUUCCCCUUUAAGAAUCCCAGUUAACCUAGCGGUGUUGAAACUCAGUGAGCAAGCCGUCUUAGACAAACUGAAAAACAAAUGGUGGUACGAUAAGGGGGAGUGUGGAAGCAAGGACUCCGGAAGAAAGGACAAGACGAGUGCUCUUAGCCUCAGUAACGUGGCUGGGGUUUUCUACAUCCUGAUCGGCGGUCUGGGUCUGGCCAUGCUGGUGGCUCUGGUGGAGUUCUGCUAUAAAUCCAGGACAGAGUCUCGCAGAAUGAAGCAAUCCAUCAACGACGCCAUGCACUGCUCCACGCUGACCAGGAUGAGCGGGAACGGCAACGGUGGGGAGAACGGGCGGAUCGUCACACAUGACUUCCCCAAAGCUGUGCAGACGCUGCCGUGCAUGAGCCACGCGGCCAGCAUGGGCCUGGGAGCCUCUGGCAUGUGACCAUCUUGACGGAGCGGCACGCGUCACAUGUAACGCACGGACCUCCCGUUCACCUGCCGUCUGCCCCUCUGUCUGUCUGCCCGCCCGCAACAGACAACCGUACUGCCAAAAUGCACUCCAAGACUCUUCUCAGUGAAUAGCCACCAAUAAAACUCUUUUCUAAAGAAAAAGGAAACGUUCAAAAAAAAAAGAGAGGGGGAAAUGUGCUGCAAUAACAUGCCUGUGGAACUCUUGGGGGGAGGGACAGUGUUCGUUUGUGUCAUGAAUAAAAAAAAAAACACUUAAAAAAAAUAAAUACCAGAAGUCUCGUGUCCGAUUGGACACUCGCGCUGUGCCAAUAUUAUAAAAACAUGUUUACUUCUG